AUGAACGGUCAUAGGGAAAAUGAGUGCAGACGCCGGAAUAAUAGUGGAGACGGUUUAAACGGUCUCAUUUCGGCGUUGCGUUCGUUCGGGAACCAAAAUAAUUCAAAUAAUUUCCGGAAUAAUCAGCGGAAUCCAAAUAACUUUGGAAACCGCAAUGAUAACGGAAAUUGGUUCAAUCGAAAUAAUAACAGCGGAAACUGGAAUAACAGCGGAAACUGGAAUAACAACGGAAACUGGAAUAACAGUAGAAAUUGGAAUAAUGGUAGAAAUUGGAAUAAUAACGGAAAUAACGGCGGGAAUUGGUUUAAUCGGAACAAAAAUGGUGGAAUUUGGAAUAAUAGCGGAAAUAAUGGCGGAAACUGGUUUAAUCGAAAUAAUAAUGGCGGGAAUUGGAAUAAUAAUAGAAACAAUGGCGGAAAUAACGGAAAUUGGAAUAAUAACAAUAAUAAUGGUUUUAAUGACGGAAAUUCCAAUAAUAAUAAUAAUCAAAAUAAUAACCGCGGUAAUCCUCAAAAUUUGCAAAAUCGGAAUCAAACACAAAAUCAAAGGCCAUUUCAACGGAAUAGUCACUUUACGAAUGUCUAUAAUCCAGAAAACAGUCAAGAAUUGACUGAGGACAAUAAUCAAGCGGGACAUUUCGGAGCUGGUGAAAUUCCGGCAUUUGCCACAAAUAACAACGCAAGAGCGGAAAACAAGAGAGGAUGGGGCAGUUAUUAG